AUGGCUUACACGGGCAAGUGGACUGCCCCCGUGGUCCGCAAGACCUUCCUCGACUACUUCGCAGAGAGGGGCCACACCAUCGUCCCUUCGUCCUCCGUCGUCCCUCACAAUGACCCCACCUUGCUCUUCACCAAUGCGGGCAUGAACCAAUUCAAGCCCAUCUUCCUCGGAACCGUCAACAAGAGCGAUGACAUGGCCCAUCUGAAGCGUGCGGCGGAUACUCAGAAGUGUAUCCGUGCGGGCGGCAAACACAACGAUCUCGACGAUGUCGGCAAGGACAGUUACCAUCACACAUUCUUCGAAAUGCUGGGCAAUUGGUCAUUUGGCGAUUACUUCAAGAAAGAGGCUGUACAGAUGUCGUGGGAGCUUUUGACAAAGGUCUACGGUCUAGAUCCCGAGCGACUAUACGUCACAUACUUUGAGGGCAACCCCGAGAUGGGCCUGGAGCCCGAUUUGGAGGCAAAAGAGCUGUGGAAAUCCGUUGGUGUCUCCGAAGACCAUAUCCUGCCGGGCAACAUGAAGGACAACUUCUGGGAGAUGGGCGACCAAGGCCCAUGCGGUCCUUGCAGCGAGAUUCACUACGACAAAGUGGGCGGCCGCAAUGCUGCGCAUCUAGUCAACCAGGAUGACCCCCUCGUUGUGGAGGUGUGGAAUAACGUUUUCAUCCAGUUUGAUCGGCAAAAGGACCGGUCUCUGAAGUCCCUCCCUGCGAAGCACGUCGAUACCGGUAUGGGAUAUGAGCGUCUCGUGUCUGCGCUGCAAGACAAGAUCUCAAACUACGCCACCGACGUGUUCUCGCCCCUAUUCAAGAAGAUCCAGGAAGUGACAGGAGCGAGAGAGUACACCGAUAAGUACGGCAAGGAUGAUGUCGAUGGAGUUGACACCGCGUAUCGCGUUGUUGCGGACCACAUCAGACUGCUCACCUUCUCGAUGGCGGAUGGUGCCGUCCCGAACAACGACGGCCGUGGUUAUGUUGUCCGCCGAGUGCUAAGAAGAGGUUCCCGUUACGCGAGGAAAUACUUCAAUGCCGAGAUCGGAAGCUUCUUUUCGAAAAUUCUGCCAGCGCUUGUCGAACAGAUGGGAGAGCAGUUCCCCGAGAUUGUCAAGAAGCAGCAGGACAUCAAGGAGAUUCUUGACGAGGAAGAGGAGGCAUUCGAGCGCACCCUUGACCGAGGAGAGCGGCAAUUCGAGAAGUAUGCUCACACUGCCAUCAAGAAUGGCGAGAAGAAACUAGCUGGAUCGGAUGUGUGGCGACUGUACGACACAUUUGGCUUCCCCGAGGAUCUUACUAAGUUGAUGGCGGAAGAGCGUGGCCUCGGCUGGGACGAGGAAGAGAUUUCCGUCGCCAGGGAAAAGGCCCGCGAGGCGAGCAAAUCAGUUAAGGAGGCUGUUCAGACUUUCUCGAAGCUGAACGUCCACCAAAUUUCAGAGCUUGAAAACGAUCUCAAGAUUCCCAGGCCCGACUCAGAAGAUAAAUACAGCAAGGGCGAUUCGACUGGAAAAGUUCAGCUUAUCUUUGAUGGCAAGCAAUUCGUCAAGUCGAGCAAGGAUAUCCCUCCCAAGACACCUCUUGGACUUCUCCUUGACAAGACCAACUUCUACGCUGAGUCUGGUGGCCAGGUCGCCGAUACUGGCAGAAUUCUCAUCGACGAUGUGGCGGAGUUCAAGGUCUUGGAUGUCCAAGAAUACGGAGGUUAUAUCGUGCACAACGGAUACCUUGAGUAUGGAGAGCUCAAGGCCGGAGACGAGGUCAUCUGCGAAUAUGAGGAGCUGCGGAGAUCACCUAUUCGGAAUAACCACACCGGCACCCAUAUUCUGAACCACUCGCUCCGCGAGGUUCUUGGCGACGAUGUUAAUCAGAAAGGAUCACUUGUCGAUCAAGACAAGCUGAGAUUCGACUUUUCACACAAGGCUGCUAUCGCAAUACCAGAGCUGAAGAAGAUCGAGGAUUUGUCCAACUCAUAUAUCCAACAAAACUGCAAGGUCUACUAUAAGGAUGUAGAUCUGGACCUCGCUCGCCAGAUUGAGGGUGUCCGUGCCGUCUUUGGCGAGACCUACCCCAACCCUGUACGAGUCGUUUCUAUUGGUAUUGAGGUAGAUAUGCUCCUUGAGAAGCCGAAGAACCCUGAGUGGCGCAAGGUCAGCGUCGAAUUCUGCGGUGGUACCCACGUUGACCAGACCGGCUUGAUCAAGGACAUGGUCAUUGUUGAAGAGAGCGGAAUUGCCAAGGGUAUCAGACGUAUUGUCGCCUACACGGGCGAUGCUGCGCACCAGGUCCAACGUGACGCAAAGGAAUUUGCCAACCGCCUCGAUGCGAUUGAUAAGCUGCCAUUCGGGCCGGAGAAGGAGGCCCAGGUCAAGGUCGCCCAGGUGGAUCUCAAUCAACUAACCGUGUCUGCUCUGACGAAGGAGGAGCUACGGACGCAGUUUGCGAAGAUCAGCAAGGCCGUGCUUGAGGAGCAAAAGAAGAGGCAGAAGGCCGAGUCGAAGACUGCGCUGGAUGCCGUCCUGAACCACUUCAAGGCGCCCGAGAACAAGGACUCCAAGUGGUUCGUUGGCCACCUCCCUAUCUCCGCCAACACCAAGGCUAUUUCCGAGGUGAUGAACCACUUCCGGUCUAAGGACAAGGAGAAGUCGGUCUAUCUCUUUGGUGGAAGCAAGGACGAGGGCGUCGUCCAUGGUGUCUACGUUGGCACUGCCCUCUCUUCCAAGGGUAUCACCGCCGAGCAGUGGACCGGCACAGUCUGCGAGAUCAUCGGUGGCAAGGCCGGUGGAAAGGAGCCCACUCGGCAAGGUUCGGGAACGCAGCCCGAGAAACUUGACGAGGCUGUCUCCAAGGCGGAGAAGUGGCUCCUCGAGAAGAUGGAGGAACUCAAGAUUUAG